AUGGCAUCCCUUACUGAUCUAAAACUGCCGAUGAACAACCUCAGUGGUCAACUUCCUGCAGAAAUUAGCAACCUUACAUCAAUGAAGAUAUUGUUAAUGGGAACUAACAGGCUGUCUGGCUACCCACCAGAUCGUAUAUGCUCUGGUGGCUUACUCGAAAGACUAUCCGUGCACACAAACCAUUUUGUAGGUCCUAUCCCGAAAGACUUGAAAAACUGCAGCAGACUUGUUAGAGUUCGUUUUGAAGAGAAUCAACUCAUAGGAAACAUAUCAGAGGUUUUUGGCGUAUACCCAAACUUGAACUAUAUUGAUUUGAGUUACAAUAAGUUCGUUGGUGAGCUUUUGCGAAACUGGGGCCUGAGUCAUAAGCUGACAAGCUUCAGGAUUUCCAACAAUAAGAUCGUUGGUCCAAUACCUGCUGAGCUUGCCAAAGCGACCAACCUACAGAUUCUUGACCUAUCGGCAAAUCAACUAGCAGGGAGGAUCCCAAAGGAGCUAGGUGGCUUGGCAUUGUUGUUCACUCUCGAACUGAAUGAUAAUAAACUUUUAGGCAGUGUUCCUACAGAGCUUGGGUUUCUGUCUGAUUUAGCAACACUUAACCUUGCAGCAAACAGAUUAAGUGGUUCAAUUCCUGGACAAUUAGGACAAUUUUCAAAACUACUGUACCUGAAUUUGAGCAAUAACAGGUUCACUGGAAAGAUACCCUUCCACAUUGGUCGUCUAGGCUCUCUCCAGAAUCUUGAUCUUAGCCUCAAUUUGCUUACAGGAGAAAUACCAUCAGAACUUGGAUUGCUAACCAGCCUGGAAAACUUAAAUCUUUCCCACAAUCAGCUCUCCGGCUAUAUUCCCACCACCUUUGAUGAGAUGUUGAGCUUGACAACUGUUGAUGUAUCCUACAAUAAGUUGGCAGGUCCUCUCCCUAGCAAUAAAGCCUUCAGUAGAGCACCAGCAGAAGCACUUGAACAUAACAAAGGCUUGUGUGGCAACACAACCGCUAUAGAGACCUGCCGCACCAUGGUAAAAAAAUCCAAGGGGAAACUCAGCAAAAAAGUUUUGAUUUCAAUUGUAGCCCCUCUUUUGGCUACUUUAAUCCUUUUGUUCAUCAUUGCUGCAACGCUCUUUACUCGGUCGCGCAGAGCAAAGAAUAUGAUUGAAACAAGAGAACAGGAAAAGGAAAUUUGUUUCGGCAUAUGGGGCUUUGAUGGGAAAUUGAUGCACGAAUGCAUCAUUCAAGCAACAGAGGACUUCAACUCCAAAUACUGCAUUGGAAAAGGUGGGUCUGGAAGUGUUUACAGAGCUAAGCUUCCAACAGGACAAGUUGUUGCUGUGAAGAAGCUUCAUGAAUUAGAUGAUGAUGAAGUGGCCAAUCUCAAAUCUUUCAGCAAUGAGGUCAAUGCAUUGACAGAAGUAAAGCACCGAAACAUUGUCAAGCUUUAUGGUUUUUGUUCUCAUGCUAAAUACUCAUUUUUGGUUUAUGAGUAUCUUGAAGGGGGAAGCUUGGCAAAGAUACUUAAAAGUGAAGCAAAAGCAAGGGAGUUAGACUGGAAUAAGAGGAUACAAGUUGUAAAAGCUGUGGCAAACGCUUUAACUUAUAUGCAUCAUGAAUGUCUUCCUCCUGUAAUUCAUAGAGACAUAUCGAGCAACAACAUUUUGUUGGAUUCAGAGUACGAAGCUCACGUUUCAGACUUUGGAACUGCUAGGAUUUUAAAUCCUGAUUCAUCCAAGUCGACUUCAUUUGCCGGCACUGUUGGAUACUUUGCUCCAGAGCUAGCUUAUGGAAUGGAAGCAAAUGAAAAAUGUGAUGUUUAUAGCUAUGGGGUGUUGACAUUGGAAAUCAUAAUGGGAAAGCAUCCAGAAGAUCUGUUAUUGUCUCUCUCACUGCCAACAUCAAUCACCACCCACCGAAUUUCACUCAAGGACUUAUUGGAUCAUCGGCUUCCACCUCCAAUAGACCAGGUAGCAGAGGAAGUAGUCUUCACUGUAAAGUUAGCAUUUUCCUGCCUGCAUACCAGUCCACAUGCUCGGCCAACCAUGCGACAAGUUUCUCACCAGCUUUCAGCUCGAAAGCCACCUUUGUUGGAUCCACUAGACAUGAUUAAACUAGCAAAACUACUCUAAAGUUCUGUACUGUGCUUUGAUAGCAAGUUCUUUGAUUUGUUUAAUGUUGUCUGAUAUAUGAUGCAGCAGCCAAUUAAAACCUCCAGCUGCUUCUUUUU